CUCGACUUCACUUCUCUCCAUCUUGGAUCGUAACCUGUGCGAGUCUAGGACCACUGCGGAGUCACCCUUCUCCUCUCUUUCUUUUUGAGAUAUACUUUCCUUUAUAUCAAUCGAGAUAUUGAAAAUGGCCUCCCUCGCCCGCCAGUCCCCCCUGCUGCGGCUGUCCGCUGCCCGCCCGCUGGCGAUCCGGCCGGCCGGUGCGUCGCAGAUGGUUGGAUUCCAUGCUUCUGCGAAGAAGCAGAUUCUGCCUCCUUUGCCUCAAACCAUGGAUGGAACUGUGAACGACCCUGCUCCCAUCCCCGAGCCUCACCCCUCCGAAGGCAGCUACCACUGGACCUUUGAGCGUCUGGUCGCCCUCGGCCUCGUCCCCCUGUGCGUCGCCCCCUUCGCAGCCGGCUCCCUCAACCCCGUCAUGGACGCCGUCCUCUGCUCCGGUCUGAUCCUGCACUCGCACAUCGGCUUCCAGGCCUCCAUCAUCGACUACUUCCCCACCCGUCGCGUGCCCAAGACGCACGCCGCCUGCAACUGGCUGCUGCGCGCCUUCACCCUCGGCACCGCCGUUGGGCUGUAUGAGUUUGAGACGAACGAUGUGGGCUUGACGGAGGCUAUCCGGAGAGUGUGGACGGCGUAAAAAUUACCCUUUUUUUGAUUUGACUGUUUGGUGUUGUUUUUUUUUCAUUCUCUCAUUGAGAUUUCUUCUGUCUAUGUGUAUAUGUUUUAGGUCAGUUGAGAACUGUUCUUAUCUCUUAUAUGUGCCUGUCUGUAUGUAUGUGUAUGUAAGGUAUGCAUACAUGCAUGCAUAAUACGUAGGUAUAGA